GUACAAACUCAGGAGCUUUUUAUGUUUCAGGUUCGUGGGAGUAAUGGAGAAGUUCUAUACAUAUUGGAUGCCACCAACCCACGACACUCCAACUGGCUUCGCUUUGUUCAUGAGGCACCAUCUCAGGAGCAGAAGAACUUGGCUGCCAUUCAAGAAGGAGAAAACAUUUUCUAUUUGGCAAUUGAAGAUAUAGAAACAGAUACAGAGCUGCUGAUUGGCUACCUGGACAGUGACAUGGAGGCCGAUGAGGAAGAACAGCAAAUUAUGACAAUGGUCCAAGAAGGGGGAGUUAAAAAUUCUAAAGGACAAUCAACAGCUGGCAGAAAAGAUUGCCUUGGCCGUAAAGAGGACUAUGCUUGUCCCCAGUGUGACUCGAGUUUUACCAGUGAGGAAAUUCUUGCUGAGCAUCUUCAGACAUUGCACCAAAAACCUACGGAGGAGAAAGAAUUUAAGUGCAAGAACUGUGGGAAGAAAUUCCCAGUUAAACAGGCUUUGCAAAGACAUGUUCUUCAGUGCACGGCGAAAAGCAGUCUGAAGGUUUCUUCACGAAGUUUUCAGUGCUCUGUUUGCAGUUCUUCCUUCAGUUCAGCAUCGAGUUUUGAGCAGCACCAGGAGACCUGCCGGGGAGAUGCCAGGUUUGUGUGCAAGGCCGACAGCUGUGGGAAGAGGCUGAAGAGCAGGGAUGCCCUCAGAAGACACCAGGAAAACGUCCAUGCUGGAGAUCCUAAGAAAAAGCUCAUAUGUUCAGUGUGCAAUAAAAAGUGUUCUUCAGCAUCAAGCCUGCAGGAACAUAGAAAGAUUCAUGAGAUAUUUGAUUGUCAAGAAUGUAUGAAGAAAUUUAUUUCAGCUAACCAGCUAAAACGUCACAUGAUCACUCACUCAGAAAAACGACCCUAUAAUUGUGAGAUUUGUAAUAAAUCUUUCAAGAGGCUCGAUCAAGUGGGCGCCCACAAAGUAAUACACAGCGAAGAUAAGCCUUACAAAUGCAAGCUUUGUGGAAAGGGAUUUGCCCACAGAAAUGUUUACAAGAAUCACAAGAAGACCCAUUCUGAAGAGAGACCAUUCCAGUGUGAGGAAUGUAAAGCUUUGUUCCGAACCCCAUUUUCUUUGCAGAGACACCUGCUCAUACAUAACAGUGAGAGGACUUUCAAGUGCCAUCACUGUGACGCUACCUUUAAAAGGAAGGAUACCUUAAAUGUUCAUGUCCAGGUGGUCCAUGAAAGACACAAGAAAUACAGAUGUGAGCUAUGUAAUAAGGCAUUUGUUACACCUUCAGUGCUUAGAAGUCAUAAGAAAGUAAGUAGAAGCCUUCUAAAUGACUAUGAAGUAAUAGAUUCCGCUACUUGGUGUGUACUGCUGAGUGAAUGUAAGGAAGUGAUUCCUGCUUCAGAUAUGAGUUGGGGGAGUGAUGGCAGUGCUUGCUUUGCUAGUUUACUUUUUUCUGACCUGGAGACUUCCUUUGCAGGUGAGCGUCCCUAUCAAUGCCCUUACUGUGAAAAAGGAUUCAGUAAAAAUGAUGGACUGAAGAUGCAUAUUCGUACUCACACCAGGGAGAAGCCAUACAAGUGCUCAGAGUGCAGCAAAGCCUUCAGCCAGAAGCGAGGCCUGGAUGAGCACAAGAGGACGCAUACUGGAGAAAAGCCUUUUCAGUGUGAUGUUUGUGACUUGGCUUUUAGCCUAAAGAAAAUGCUGAUCCGACACAAGAUGACUCACAAUCCCAAUCGUCCACUGGCAGAAUGCCAGUUUUGCCAUAAGAAGUUUACAAGGAAUGACUACCUCAAAGUGCACAUGGACAAUAUCCACACUGAAGCUGACAGCUAAUGGUAGCUGUAAAGGAAUUAAACCAUUUAGAAGGGCUCCUAAUAUGAAACCCAGAUUUCUCUCACCUGAUUAGCAUAGCAGAAGUAGCUAAAAGUAAUUCACUGGUCUCAUAGUACUUAUUUGCCUACCUUUAGAGUUUGUAGAUGCUUAUGCAAAAAAAAAAAAAGAAAAGAAAAGAAAGGAGAAAGAAAGAAAGACAAAAAGAAAGAAAGAAAGUCCUACUUCUACCAAAAAAUGGUACAAAUGGAAAAGAAACCUUUGUAGCCUUGCAAAAUACUGCUUGUGCUCUGUUUCAUAAAAUGGAAAAAGGAGUCAUGGCUUUCCUUCUUGGCCACCUCUCUGUAAUGAAGUUUAUUAACAUACUCUUUAUUAGGCCUUUUUAUUUUAUUGUCAUCUUUGUGUGUGUGUCUAUGUGUGUGUGCAUGCGUGCACAUGCUGGUUAUUACAACUGACUACUACUACCAGAAAGAAAUUAAUAUACCAAAAUAUUUCAUUGCAGAUGAGGAUAAGGUUAAGAGUUUUUAAAGUAUCAAGCAUGAUAACAGGAUAAAACUUGCUAUUUUGUGAAACAGACCAAAAGUUGAUCUUACUUACAGCUCCCUACAACAGUUCAGUUUAAAAUAAAGAGGUAUUUAAGAA